CUUCAUAUAAAGGAGUGGCGCGGCCAGCGCGCGAAGGCCUGUUCCUUGCAGCGCCGGCGAACGUCGCACGCAACAUCCGCCAUGCAUCCUCACCAGAGUGACUUCUUCGGAGUCAUGGCCUUGCUGGGUUGUUCGGUGGCUGUCACCAUAUCGCCUCUCCCGUACUACGAUCGGAACACGGAUAACCAGGAUGUUCCAGUGAGAGGCACAGCGACCUACGUGGACGGCUACAGGUCCGGCGAUCCGAACAGAGGAUUCCAGAACAGUUACCAGAACACUUACCAGAACACUUACCAGAACACUUACCACAACGGUGACAGCGGGGCUACGAGGCCAUCUCAAGGAAGCUCUUACGACCCGUGCAGAAGAGUGUUCGGGGGCAAUCCCUACCCAGGACACUACAACACGAGAGACGACAAUCGAUACAACUACGACGGCGGGAGUCGAUACUACGGCAAUGAAGUCGAUCGCGAUCCGUAUCCAUCCGUCCGAAACAGAGACUACUACCCGAACUUCUACCCCCAAGGAGGAAGAGACCAGGGAGGAAGAGGCCAAGGAGGAAGAGACCAGGGAGGAAGAGACCAGGGAGGAAGAGGCCAAGGAGGAAGAGACCAAGGAGGAAGGGACCAAGGAGGAAGAGGCAACGGUAGGAAUCCACUGGACGGCUGCGGGUACGGAGGGACGCAGUACCCAUCCAGCGGGUACGACGGGUACGGAGGAACGCAGCAACCUUCCAGCGGGUACGGAGGAACGCAGUACCCAUCCAGCGGGUACGACGGGUACGGAGGAACGCAGCAACCUUCCAGCGGGUACGGAGGGACGCAGUACCCAUCCAGCGGGUACGGCGGGUACGGCGGGUACGGCGCGGCACCCCGCAGGCCCGGCUACGAGAGCGGCGGCCACAGAGGUAGCUGCUGCGAGGACCGCUACUGGGCGCGCGGCGCGAGACGGGACCUCGAGGGUCGCGGGGCAAGGGCCUUCCCUGACCGGCCCGCCCGUAGCAGCGGCGGUACCGUCGGCUUCUGGGGCGGCGGCCAGCUGUGACCUGCACCGCUGUACACUCUCUCCGUAUCCUUUCGGAACCAUUAAACAACUGUUACUUCGCAGCACUGUCCUUUAUUUCAUCUACCACCGUGCGUCGUCAUCCAGUACCUACACAGAAAAAAAAAACAA